CCGCCCAGCGCCCGCCGGCCGAGGGGCCCAUGAAGGACGGCGGAGCGCCCGACCAGGGCGCGGGCGCGCAGGCGCCCCAGGCGAGCAUCCUCGCGCGGCUGCUCUCGUGCGACGCCGUGGCGGACGAUGGCGACCUCUUGGAGCGCAUCCGGCGCCUUGGCGAGACGUACGAGGAGGCGGCCCAGAUGCUGGAGGCUGCGGCGUCGGGCCCCGACAACCAGGGCCACGCCGGCCAGGCGGGCACCCACCGCGCCCGCGCGAGGCUCUACGCGCAGGUAGGCCGGCUGCUCGGCAGGCCGCCGAUGUGCGCAGAGCUCACCCCAGAGGAGCGGCGGGCGGCGGAGGCGCUGCGGAGCCGGCGCCGCGGCGGCGGCGGCGGCGAGCGCCCCGCGGCGCCGGAGUGCUUCGACAUUUCCGCCGGAGACGGUGACAAGGCGCCAGUACGCUUCGACAAGGCCGCCGCCGAAGGCGUCGCCGCGGAGGCAGCGCGGGUGUUCUCCGAGGGCUUGGGAGCUCUGGUUGCGGACGCGGCAGCGCGUGCGUCGACGGACGCGGCCUCCGUGGCGCACGAGCGCGCGAGAUUGCAGCGCGAGGCUGCGGCGCUGGCGGACGAGUGGACUCGCCUGCGGGACACGGGCGUAAGACGAGCGCCGGGGCCUCGGCUCGGCCGAGCGGGCCCCGGGCGCCCGCCCGGGGGCGGAGGCGGGCGCUCCCGGCAGCCCACCCGCGCUGGCGCUGGCACCCGAGGCGGGAGGCUCGCCCUCGUCGCACAGCGGCAGGCUCGACAUGCAGCUGUCGCCCGAGAGCAUGGCGUCCCUCGGGGGCGCGACCCCGGGCACGUCGGGCCGCUCGACGCCGGCACGCCCGCACAUGGACUCCUCGAAUAUGAAUUCCGAGGCUUCCUCGUGCAGUGGGGAGGAUAUGAGCGAGCUGAACCCUGUGGCGUGGAUCAACCUGCUGACCCCGCGCUACUCUGUGCGACGCCUGAACUCCGCCUUCGAGCAGUGCGUCGACACCAGGGGCGAGCUCCUCCUCGCCAUGCGGCCCUCCCAGCAAGAGGAGUUCGUAAGCUGGGCGCAGGAGGUUCGCAUCUGGGCCCCUAUCAUACCUUGCUUUCUGCCAGGAGGGAUCGGGCUCUGCACACCGGGAGUACCACAGCCGGCUUCAGUUCCGGCGCCCCCGCACCGCGGAGGAGGGCCACGCCGGCUCGGCGCGCCCGGUGCGGAGGAAGCGGACGAUUUCGGCCACCGCGAGGCUCGACCGGACGCCACUGCCCGACCGGCAGGAGCACGAACACGGAGUCGUGCGGCUCGUCUUGCAGGAACUCCAGCCGGGCAGAGGGGCGGCCCGCACGUCGACGAGGCAGCCGCGCUGCGGGACGCCGCAGGCCAUUGCCGAGGCCGCCAGCGGGCGGCUGCAGGGCCGACAGCCCUCGCCGGCAGCCGCGGGCAUCCGCGCGCGGCCCGGGGCCAGCACUGGCGGCUGCGAGCUCUCGCCCACGCCCGCGGGCCCCUCCGAGCGCCCCGUCCUCCCCGAGGCCUCCCCUCGGCGCCUCGUGCUCUAGGAGGCGGGUGGCGCGGCCCUGCGGCGGCCCUCGGGCGCGGGGGGCGCCGGCGACCUCCGCAGCACCAGAGGUGUCCUCCUUUCUUGACGGGGGCCUUCGUCAGAGGCCCCCGCUUCCCGGAGAAGGCCAUGGGCGCUGCGGCGCUGCGCGCCGACCCCCGCAGCUGGGGCUUGCUUGUGCUGUGUAGCGGCGCUCGUUCGCCCCGUUUUCUUUGGAGAGGCCCCGUGCCUUCUGAGAAGCCUGGCUCCCAACCCUCGUGGGCCGCGCCGCCAGUUUCACUGAGCCUGCAUCGCCUGGUCUCGCGGCGCCAGCGCUGAGGCUCGGGUGGCGGGGCUCAAGAGGCGCAGGGGCCAGCCCUCGCCUGCUAGGGAGAGGCCCCCCCCCGACCCGACAUCCGACGCCCAGAGAAUCUUUCCUUGUUCUCCAUAUCCUGAUGCCUGCUUCACGUGCUCCGCCACCUGGCGUGGCAGCGCGUGCGAGAUGCUUGAAGGCUGUUCUCUCUCCGUCCUCCGUCGUUCCACGUUCCUUCUUUUGCAGGUGCU